UCUACUGUUUCUACUUACCCUUUGUACUUACCUCAAAAUUCAUGUUAUUUUUGUAGUUUGUAUAUUAUUUUUUAUUUGACAAAUAGAAAUGGCUGAUUUGCAAGAAAUUGAAAAAGGAAACGAUACAGUACCAUCGAGCGAAGAAGUUCUUGAUCCUGGUGAAAAUAAAGAAAAACGAAAGGAAGAAUUGGAUGGUUUAAAAACUGAGGGUGAAGAAAAUGACGAGACAGAUGAAAUAGAUUUAUCCGACGUUGAAAAAGUAUCAAAAGAGCUAUCGUUCUUUGAAGAAGAAACUGGAGAAAUUAAAGUUGAGGAAAUGAAAUUUGUGGACGUCAAAGAAUAUGCGCUGACGCCUAAAGACAGUCAAGAUCCCAGUUAUGCUAAUUUAAAGGAUUUACCAUACAGGGUCUUAUGCCGUCAGAGGUAUAGAAAAGCUGGGGCUAAACAACGGGCCCAAUUCGUCAAAGAAAUCAAACACCACGAGCUGCUGCAGACAAAGGCUUUGGACGGGGUGCGAAUUCACAGGGAGUUCUGUAGCGCUAUUAUAAGCCAGCCGAAGUGCGAGGAUAUGAUUACACUCACAAGAGAACAGAAAAUAAAAAUAGAAGAAAUUUUGGCCAGACCUUAGAUUGAAACAAUAAAUUAAUAAAUAGUGAAUCACAA